AUGAGUAAAAAUGAUUUUAACAAUAGGAUUUUAAAUAAUUAUGAAAAACAAAAAGUUCUUGAAGAAUCAAACAACUAUUUAAAGAUUUUGUCACAUAAUAAAAAUGUAUCUAGUAAUAAUAAGAAUAAUAUAAAUUUGCGAAAAGAUGAAGAGGAUGUAGGAAUGACGUCUAUAGAAGAAAAAAUAUGUUUUGAUGAAAAGAUUGAAGUUGAAGAAGUUUUUACUCUUGAGAUAUUAAUAAAAAUAUUGAGUAAAAUAUUUUUGAAGGGUAAUUAUUCUUUAACAAAAGAUGAUAUAAAUAUUACAAAUUGUAAGGUUAUGAUAUUUGAAUCUAAAUAUCAUUUAAAUAAUACAAAUGAUGAAGUGGAAGAUUUUAUUAAUAUGUUAUUUUAUUUUCAAAAUAAGAAUUAUUUAAUAUUUAUAAUAUAUUGUUUAAAUAAAAAAAAUAUAGUUUAUUUAAACUUCUUUAAUCCAUUAUUAAGUGAGAAAGAAACCAUCGAAGCUUUUAAUUUAUUUUUUAUGAACAAUUUUUUUCCACAUAUUAUUUUAGGAUUAAACAAUGGAAGAAUUCUUUUAUAUAACCAUGAAGGUAUAAUGUGUAUGUAUAAUAAAUUUGUUGAAUACAAAUUAAAAAAUAUUUUUAUUGAAAAUCAAAAAGAUUACAUUUUAUUUUUAUAUGAAAAUAAUAUAAUUGUUAAUUCAAAUAUACAUUUAAUUAAAAGGGCGUUAGAAACCAAUUCUAAAACUUUGCCCUAUGAUUAUAUGUUUACAAUAAAUAAAAAUAUUUCCUUAAGUCAUAUAAUAUUGAGAUGUGAUAAUUCUUAUGAUUUAUUAAAAAAGGAAUUAUAUACUAUGUAUAAUAAAGAAGAUUUAAUGCGUUAUAUAAAUGAUAAUAUAAAUACAAAUCCAAAUACAUAUAGUGGUAAUAUUAACUAUAUUAUCACAUCUAAAACUAUAACUUUGUCUAUUCUAAAUAUUAUAAAACCAAACACACCAAAUGAUUUCCUAAGUAGAAAAGAAAAUUUUAGUACAUCUGAGAAAUUAAGUUCAAAAAUUAAUAAUUUUAUAAAAAAUAUUUUUACCAAAAAAAAUGAAAGUGCACCAACAUCUUCUGCAUCAUCAGCUUUACCAUCUUCUCUAUUAAUUAAUCAAGUAGAUUAUAAUAUGAAUAGUAAUAAUACUAGUACAAAUGAUAUACUUAAUUCAAAAAUUGUUCAUUCAUUUAAUGAUUCUAAAAGACAAAUAAUAGACAUAUGUAUAUGCCCGUGGAAUACAAACUUAUUAUUAGCUUUAGAUAAUUUAGGAAGAAUUUCCUUAUUUAAUUUAUCUACCUUAAAUAUUUUGUACAUGUGGAAAAGUUAUAGAUCAGCAUUUAUGAGCUUUAUACAAAAACAAAAUUAUAAUUGCUUUCGUCGUCAGAACAAAAAAAAAUUUCAAGAUGCACCAUUCAAUCAAUUUGAUAAAGGAAUUUUAUUUUAUUUGAAAAAUAGAAGCUUAAUAGAAAUCUGGGAUUUUAAAACAUUGAAUAAAAUAUAUAGUGUAAGAACAUAUGAGUGUCCAAUCUUUUCAAAACUAUUUUUUGGUGAAAAUAACGUACCCAAUAAAGUCAUUCUUUUUAAUUCAAGUCAUCAUGUAUUUUUAAUGAAUACAAAUUUUGAGUUGUUGUAUUUAAAAUGGGUCUAA